AUGAGUCUAGAGUUUCAACGGCGACUCAUGGAUCCUCAGCUUAACCCUGAUUUUCUUUUCGGCGUGGUUGCUGAAAGCGCCUUCCCGUGCGCUGAUGAGAUGACCGGGCGAAUUUUAACGCCUCUGAAGGAAGGCGAUCUGAACCGGUUGCUCCUUUCAGUUCGAGAGGUGGCAAAGUUGCUGUCGGCUGCUAUUAUUUCAAUCCACCAAGCUGCGGAGUGGGGAAUGGGAUCGAUUGAGAAGGUAUAUCAUCGCUUGCUCUUACCUCUUCCCUACAACCAAGAUCUUCGACAACGCAGACUCGAUAAUCUAUUUCGGCUAGCAAAUUAUCGAGUUCGAAGUGUAGGCAUCAGUGAGAUGCGGACGGCUUUUAUGUAUGGCCCCGAAGAUCGUCAGUUCGAAUGCGAACCAUGA